ACCUUCCUCUCCUGCAGACCCUGCAUCCAUGUGCAGAUGGUAGAAAACAGACGGAGGAGAAGAAAGAAGAUGAGAUGAGUUUGAAGUGUUUGCUGGCUAACCGAGAAGCCAACAUUUUGACAAAUGGAGGAUCAUACGUAUUAUUUAGCAGAAGAAAAAGCAAAGGAGCGAGAAUCAACUCCGUCAAAGAAGCAAAAACACGACGAAGGAAGACGAAAUCGGGAGAGACGACGGCAGAAAUCAAGGAUAAACAUCGGUGCGGCCUUCCCCAAAUGGAAAUCUCUGAAGAGGGACAAAUGUUUUCAGAGUGACGCCGAAGUUGCCUGUUUUCUGCUGCACAGCUAUGAGAGAGGAUCUGCAGCAUCGACUCCAAUGGAGGAAACACCUUUUCAAGACACAGCUGCAGCAGUGUCUAGCAUCGGUGCUUCUAGAAGGAUGGACAGAGAUGAACGUCUGAAUGUCACUGCAGAAGCCACAGAAAUGGACAUUGAACAAAGCUUACAUGACAUGAGCAUGGAUGAGAAGCUCAAAGUUUUCAAUAACCCCUUGAACAGUGUAAUUGAUUGGACAGAUGAAGGCUCUUCUUACUUUCAUGAAAAAGAUGAUGGAGAUAAAGAUGACAGCUCUGAUGAAGAGGAUCUUCCACCCAUUUGUAUACGAAUGGGUGGAGCAUUAAAGAAAGCACCAUCGAUCGAUCGACUUCCAGUUAUUGGAACGGGCGAGGCAGCGCAUGACCAGCCUGCACGUGAAGACCCUCCUGAUGAGGCUUCUCCCUGUGAUCAGGACCCUGUUUUCCCAUCCCCACAUCAGGUCCUUUGUGAAGAUGACAUCGUUGGUGCCAGAGCUUCAAUAGUAUACGAGGACUGCUUGAGACAGCUGGCUACAUUUCUGAUCCUGCCUGUGAAAAAAUGUACAGGCCUUUUAAAGACUGGUGUGGUGUGUGACUGUGUUGCCCCCUUUGAGAUCAACAUCACUUCCAAGGGCACAGCAACGAGUGUCGAAUGGAUCUGUCCCAAUGGACACAGCUUGUGGAGGUGGAAUUCCCAGCCUGUAAUGAAGUGUGGGACGCAAGCUGGAGAUUUUCUCUUGUCCACCAACAUUUUGUUGUCUGGCAACGACUAUGCGAAGGUCGCCCUCUUGUUCAAGUUCAUGAACAUGGGGAUGGUGAAGAAGAACACCUUCGUGUCCAUUCAGGACGCUUACUGUGUGGACACAGUGAAGGCCUUCUGGGAAGAGAGGAGGACUGAGGCCCUCAGUGGCCUUCAGGGUAAAGAUGUUGUGGUCCUAGCGGAUGGCAAAUAUGACUCUCCAGGCCAUCGUGCACAUUACUGCAGCUACGCCACCAUGGAGAAUGACACUAAGGAGAUCAUUCAUGUUGCCAUCAUCAACAAGCAGCACCCAUCCUGCAACUCUGUCGUCAUGGAGAAGGAGGGUUUUAUCAAGGCUGUGGACAAGCUUACAUCAGAGAUAAAGCUAGUGGAGAUCUGCACAGGUGCUAAUGCCCAGAUCGCAGCCCUUAUGGACCCAGACGAAGGCAGAUACAAGGAUCUUGGAAUCCAUCACAGUCAGGACAUGUGGCAUGGUGCCAAGAACCUGGUCAAGAAAAUAGCUGCUGCAGCAAAGAUGGAAGGACAGGCCAAACUCCUCAUCUGGCUGAAAGACAUUCUAAACCAUUUUUGGUGGUGUUGUAAGAAAGCUGACACAGCCAAGAGGUUUUUGGCACUGUGGGUUGGUAUCACUUACCAUGUCUGUGACGUUCACAUCUGGACUAAUGGAAGGUGUCAACAUGGGCAUCUUGAAGAAACAUGUGGAAAGGCGUGGAUCCAGAAAGACUCCAGGUGCCACAAAGCUUUAGUGGACAUCGUUCUCAAUAAGCGUUGGCUGAAGGAUGUGCAUAAAUACCUGCGCUUCAGAUCAACUGCAGACCUAGAGGUAUUCCAGAAUCAUAUACUGAUGUAUGCCAGCAAGCGCUUCACCUUCAGUCCCCCAGUUUAUGAGGCAAGAGUUCUGCUUGCUGCUCUGGACUAUAACUUCCACCGGAACCGACCAACAGUAAAAAUAGCUGAAGGCAAAGAGAUUUUCAGAAGGCUGUACAAGAAAAACGGCAGAAGAUACAGCCUAUACGCCCUGAAAUCUGAAAAAACCUACGCAUACGUCUCUGAGCUGCAAGCAAGGAUUGUAAAGCGGAAAAUCACAAGUGAAGUGGUGAUGCCUAAAAGGAAGACAGUGUUCCCUGCAGAUGUCCAGCGGCUGUUGGUGAUUCAAAUACAGGUUCCCCCAGCGUGUAGCCCCAGUCUGGAACAGAAGGACCCAGAGCCCCUUCACAUAAAAGAAGAACAGGAGGAACUCUGGAUCAGUCAGGAGGAAGAGCAGCUUAAUGGGCUGGAGGAGGCUGAUAUCACCAGGUUCCCAUUCCCUGCUGUUACUGUGAAGAGUGAAGAUGAGGAAGAGAAACCUCAGUCUCCACAGCUUCAUCUAAGCCAAACUGAGGACAACAGAGAGGCAGAGCCUUCAGCCAGCAGCUCAGCUACACAGAUAAAAACAGAAACUGAUGGAGGAUCAGAACCUGCUGGGAACCUUGAUCCAGAUAGUCAUUUACAACCAGAUACUGAUGAAAAAGCUUCAGACACUGAAGUCAGUAGUAAUGACCGGCAUGAACCUUUGUCAGAUUGUGGGCCUGAAACUGAAGACAUUGACAAUGGUUGGAUGGAGACCAGAGCACCUGAGUUGGAUGUAAAUGCUCUGAAAUAUAAGGAAGCUCCUGUAAGUGAUGUGGAAUGUAGUGCUGGGGGAAAAUCCUUUAGCUGCUUUGAGUGUGGUAAACAAUAUCACCACAAGGGGUCUCUUCAGAGACACAUGAUAUGUCAUUUAAGCAAAAGGCCUUCCACCCAUCUGGUUAAUGAGAAAUGUUGUAAAGUAAAGGAAAAUGUAGAUUCACAGAGAAGAGUCCACACAAGAGGGAAACCAUUUGGCUGUGGGGUUUGUGGUAAAAGGUUUAACAAGCGGACACAUCUUACAUUACACAUGAGAGUCCACACAGGAGAGAAACCAUUUAGCUGUGAUGUUUGUGGUAUAAGAUUUACACAGCAGCCACAUCUGAAAACACACAUGAGAAUCCACACAGGAUAGAACCACUUCAGUUGCAGGGUUUGUUGUGAAAGAUUGUGUUGGUAAAACCACAGUAGUUGGCAUUGUCUUCAAUUGUUUUGUUUUUGUCUUUCCUCAUUGUGUGGUGUUUAAGAAAUAUGUCGUUUAGGCAGACGGACACAACGGCUCUGUGUGGCAUGUAAGCAAAAUACCACCAGUACCAACAACUUUAGAAAUAAGACAGACUAAAGAACACACAUUUCGCUUGGCUUGUUGUGGCUAAAUCCAAAUUGACAAAAGCUGUCUGCAAACACUUAAAAGCUGCAAAGAUGAAAAUGACAUUUACACAUGCUGCCUCAUAUGCCAUCUGCACUUUUAUACUGCAGUACACCAGGAGUAUUAAUGGUGACGCUAGUUGGAAAAUGUGUAUACCUUGAUGAUGUAUGGAUGUGAAAAUAAAAGGUUCAAGUCAUCAGCAUAUUAACACACCAAACCAUGAGUGUGUCAUUGAAUGGCUGUAAUGACUGCCACCCUCACCUUUUAACUAAUAGUUCUCUGCUGCGAGGAAAAAAAUAAAACAAGGCGGGGAACCAAAACUGUUUUCCAAAAAAAAUUGGAUAAAUCUUUAUUGUAAUAACGGCAGUGACAACACGGCCUACUGUAGCUCUGCGAUGGAAGGAACAAAAAUAUUCCAAACAUACUGCACAUCAAGGAAUGUAUCUGUAUUAACAAUGUACAUUUUGUGUAAACUAAGUAAUACAGUCAUCUGAAAUAUUGGAUUACAUUUUUUAAAAGUGUAGUAGGAGGUGCGUCCUUUGGUGCACCUUACUCAGGUUUUCACCUUUUUUAAAAAUGAGAUUUAUAAAAUGAAAAUGACUAUCAAA